AUGCAAAAAUUUAGGAAUAUAGCAUCAUUUUCGACAAUCCCAUCGUAUUUUAGUCUUGACCCAAAUUAAAUGUAAGAGAGUCUUUUCAAUAAUUAAUAUUAGAUCUGCUCGCAAUCCUCAUAAGGCUCAAAACUUUUUGCGUGGAAAAUGGAUUGAUGCUCAUAAAUAUCAAACAAUAGUAGAUCCAUUGAAUGGUGAACCAUUUAUUACAGUGCCUGAUGUCUAGGAUAGAUAAGAGUUAUAGAAAUUUGUUGAUUCAGCCAAAGAAUGUCCAAUUAGUGGAUUACAUAAUCCAUUAAAAAACCCAUAAAGAUAUUAAAUUUAUGGCGAGGUAUGUCAUAAAAUAGCAGCAGAACUUAAAAAAAAAGAAGUUCAUGAUUUCUUGGUGAAAUUAAUUUAAAGAGUUGUACCCAAGCAUUUUGCAUAAGCAUCAGGAGAAGUAGUAGUGACAGAGAGAUUUUUUUAAAACUUUAGUGGUGAUCAACCUCGUUUUUUAACUAGAUCAUUCAAUGUCGCUGGGGAUCGUCCUGGAUAAUAAUCAUCAGGAUAUAGAUGGCCUUAUGGAUCUUGUGCUGUUGUGGCUCCAUUUAAUUUUCCAUUAGAAAUACCAAGUUUACAGAUAUUUGGUGCUUUGAUCACAGGAAACAAAGUCUUCUUCAAAGGAGACAGCCGAGUAAAUGUUGUAAUGGAAUAAAUGUUGAGAUUAGCUCUUCAUUGUGGAUUACCAGCUACAGAUGUAGAUAUGUUAUUUGGAAAUGGUGAAGCGACUGAAUUUAUUUUAAAACAGGGAAAUUUCAGAAACACUUAAUUUACAGGAUCAUCAAAGGUUGCAGAACAUUUAACAAAAGUAUUGAAUGGAAAGAUAAGAAUUGAAGAUGCUGGAUUUGAUUGGAAAAUACUUGGGCCAGAUGUUCCAGAUGUGGAUACUCAAAAUUAUGUUGCAUGGCAAUCUGAUUAGGAUGCAUAUGGAAGCACUGGUUAGAAAUGUUCAGCUUAAAGCAUUCUUUUUGUUCAUGAAAAUUGGGUUAAGGCAGGAUUUCUUGAUAAAAUUAAACAACUAGCUAGUACGAGAAAAUUAUAAGAUUUAAGCAAUGGUCCUAUUAUCACAUGGAACAAUACAUAAAUUAAAUAGCAUAUUGACAAUAUUUUGAAGAUUCCUUAAUCCAAAGUAUUAUUCGGUGGAUAAGAAUUGAAAAAUCACACUAUUCCAUCAAUUUAUGGAGCAUUUGAACCCACAGCCUUGUAUGUUCCAUUAGAAUAAAUCUAGAAGAAUAAAGCAGUGACCACCGAAUUGUUUGGACCAUUUUAGAUAGUCACUACUUAUUCUUCUGAUUAAAUCAAUUAGGUUUUGGAUGUUAUCAAUAACCUUGAAAACCACUUGACUGCAGGCAUAGUUAGUAAUGAUGUGAAUUUCUUAAGACAUGUUUAAUCCAAUACAACUAAUGGAGUGACUUAUAGGUAAUGCGAGAUACAAUUAUUUUAGUGGUAUAAGAGCAAGAACUACAGGUGCUCCACAAAAUCAUUGGUUCGGACCAUGUGGAGAUCCAAGAGGGGCAGGUAUUGGCACUCCUGAAGCAAUAUUAUCUGUGUGGACAUGUCACAGAGAGAUUAUACAUGAUACAGAUCUAGCUCCUUAAGGAUUCAAAGGAUAAUAAAGUUGA